AUGAAGUCUGUUGCUCGCGUCGCUCUUGCUUCUACCCUGCUGGCUGCCACCGCCCAGGCCGCUUCCUAUUCUCUGGUGGACAACUACAACAACACAAACUUCUUCUCUGGCUUUGAAUUCUUCGACGCCCCAGACCCUACCCACGGUUUCGUGGAGUACGUCGACGCCCAAACAGCCAGCAAAAGUGGCCUUGCUGGCUACGUCAACAACAUGGUCUACCUGGGCGCUGACCACAACACGGCGAACCCGGCGUCCGGCCGUCCUUCUACCCGCAUCACCAGCAACAAGGGCUACGAAAAGGGUCUCUUUAUUGCCGACAUCCAGCACAUGCCCGUCGGCUGCGGCGUCUGGCCUGCCUUCUGGACACUGGGCCCGAACUGGCCCGGUGGCGGUGAGAUUGACAUCAUUGAGGGUGUCAACAGCCAGUCUACGGACGCCAUCACACUGCACACCGCCCCGGGUUGCACCAUGUCCAGCUCUGGUUCCUCCUCUGGCACCAAAUUCAGUAACGGCGCCUCUACAGUUGACUGCGGUGCUAACGGUGGCUUUGAGGGUUGCUCGCUCUCCACAACAAACACCAAUGCCUACGGCCCUGCCUUCAACGAGAACGGCGGUGGCGUCUACGUCAUGGAGCUCACCUCACAGGCCAUCUCUGUGUGGUUCUUUGCGCGGAACACCGCACAGGCUGCUAGCAUCGUCUCUGAUGCCACCCCCGACACGUCCACCUUUGGCACGCCCAUGGCCAAGUUCACCGGCUGCGACAUUGACCAUUAUUUCUCGGCACAGCAGAUCGUCUUUGACACGACCUUCUGCGGCGACUGGGCCGGCAAGGUGUGGGAUCAGGACUCUACCUGCGCGCCUCUUGCAAGCACGUGCGAAGCCUACGUCAAGCAGAACACCGCCGCAUUCGUUGAUGCCUACUGGCUGAUCAACAGCGUCAAGGUCUUCCAAGCUGCCAGCACCGGUUCAACCAAGCGCCGGAGCCCGCCAAAGACGGAGCAGAAACAGAAGGAAGGCAUUGUGCCUGUGCCGUUCAUGGCAUAG